CCUUUCUUUCACUUCUUCUCUCAACAAACUCUCGCUCUCUCUAUAUAUCGUUUUCUCUCUCUCUAGGUUCGAACGGAUUCAAUCUUCACGCGUGUCGGUUUUCCUUGGCUAGAUCUUCUCCCGCAUUUCUUGGAUCCGGAGAUGCGACCGUCUCCAUUGCCUUAUUCUUCGAUUUCUCUCUCUUCUAGGGUUUUCAUUUGCUUGCAAUUCUGAGCUAUGCAUGCUCUUCCUUCUGGUUCUGCUUGCUGCUGCGGCGUCCACCAUGAUCGCCGCCGGCCGUCUCGCCGGAAUUCUGCUGUUUUCUUCUCCUGACGAUGCUUCUCACCGCUUUCGAGUUCGCCGAGAGAGAAUGCCGGCGUCAGUUUUCUUCCUCCUCGUUCUUCUCAACUUGCUACUAUCUUGCUCAGUGAAGUCGGUUUCUGUGAGUGUUUCAUAUGUCUCAUCAAAACGAGCUAAAACUUGGUUAGUUAAACCUUCUUCUGGACCAUCUACUUCACCUGGACCUGCUGCCCCUGUACCUGCACCAUCUCCAUCAUAUCAAGGUCCUAUUGUGCAUCCAAGUCCAAAACAUCGCUAUCAUCAUCAUCACCAUCAUAGCGUAAAACCUUAUCCAGUCGCUCCACCCCCUUCUAAAGACCAAGGUUGCGACCAAAUCUGUACGGAUCCACUCACAUCAACACCUUUUGGGUCACCUUGUGGUUGUGUAUUUCCCAUGAAAGUCAGACUCACGCUGGGUGUAGCUCCUUAUGCUGUCUUUCCAGUAAUGAAUGAAUUAGAGAUUGAAGUUGCAUUAGGCACAUACUUAGAGCAGAGUCAGGUGAAGAUAAUGGGUGCUAGUGCUGAUAGUGAGAAUCAGGGAAGAACUGUAGUUGAUAUAAACUUGGUUCCAUUGGGAGAGAAAUUUGACAAUACUACUGCAGCUCUGACAUAUGAGAGGUUCUGGCACAAGAAAGUCCCACUAAAUAGAAGCCUUUUUGGUGAUUAUGAUGUUUUGUACAUUGCCUAUCCAGGAAUUUCUUCAUCGCCACCGUAUGCAUAUGGAACCAUAGCUGGGGAUGCUCCUAUGGAAAGUGUAACUGGUAGUCUACCAGUCUCUGCCAACUUUGUCAACAAGAAUCAGAGAAUGAAUCUCAGAACCAUAAUCAUCAUUGCUUCGUCUUCCUUUGUACUUUUAUUGGUUUUAGUUGGAGCAGUUUCUAUCAUUUUGAAAUGUCAGAAGAUUAGGGGGCCAUCGAGUGCCGUUGGCCCUGCAUUCACUUCAUCUCUAAACAAGAGAUCUGGCUUGGGUUCUAUGUUGUCAAGCAGUAUUACAAGCUCGACAUCAGUGUCCCUUAUGUCCACAAUGGCUGCUUCCAUUCUCUCUGUUAAAACAUUUUCGCUUUCUGAGCUCGAGAAAGCUACGGAUAAGUUUAGUUCAAAGAGAGUAUUAGGAGAAGGAGGAUUUGGACGAGUUUACAGUGGGACAUUGGAAGAUGGGGCUGAAGUUGCAGUUAAGCUGCUGACUAGAGAUAAUCAGAAUGGAGAUCGUGAAUUUAUUGCAGAAGUUGAAAUGCUAAGCCGAUUGCAUCACCGGAAUCUUGUUAAACUACUUGGUAUAUGUAUCGAAGGGCGCCGACGUUGCUUGGUGUAUGAGCUUGUUCACAAUGGCAGUGUUGAGUCACAUUUGCAUGGUGUUGACAAGAAAAAGGGACCUCUAGAUUGGGAAGCACGAAUGAAAAUUGCACUUGGAGCAGCAAGAGGUUUGGCAUAUCUUCAUGAGGAUUCUAAUCCUCGUGUAAUUCAUCGAGAUUUUAAAGCUAGCAAUGUGCUACUAGAAGAUGACUUUACCCCGAAGGUUUCUGAUUUUGGAUUGGCAAGAGAAGCAACUGAAGGAAGUCAGCAUAUUUCUACAAGGGUGAUGGGAACUUUUGGGUACGUUGCCCCAGAAUAUGCGAUGACAGGUCAUUUACUCGUUAAAAGUGAUGUUUAUAGUUAUGGUGUUGUGCUGCUUGAACUUCUUACUGGCAGAAAGCCAGUGGACAUGUCUCAACCUCAGGGACAGGAGAAUCUAGUAACUUGGGCAAGGCCAUUGUUGGCGAGCAGGGAAGGUUUAGAACAGCUAGUGGAUCCAUCUUUGGCUGGAAGUUACGACUUUGAUGACAUGGCAAAGGUUGCUGCUAUCGCCUCCAUGUGCGUCCACCCAGAGGUCACACAGAGACCCUUCAUGGGUGAAGUCGUGCAGGCUCUUAAGUUAAUAUACAAUGAUGCAGACGAGACUUGCGGAGAUUACUGCAGUCAGAAGGACUCCUCCGUACAGGACUCUGAUUUCAGAGGCGAUCUCGCCCCUUCCGAUAGCAGCUGGUGGAAUGCCGGAGGGUUAACCCCUCGAUUAACUUAUGGGCAAGCAUCAUCUUUCAUCACCAUGGAGUACAGUUCUGGUCCACUUGAUGAUAUGGAAAACAGACCGUUUUCGACUUCAAGCUUGAUCGGAGAUGAGAUGUCUUUACCGAUUAAGCAUGGGAACAGAUCAGGUCCAUUGAGAACAGUCCGAAGUAAGUUAUCAUUGCAUAGAUUUACAGGAAGCCGGAGUGAACAUGGGGGACCUUCUUCCAAGCACCAUUGGAACGAUGGUUACUGGGCUUAAUUUAAUGAUUGAGGUUUUUUUUUUCUUUUCUUUUACCGUGUUUCUGAAAUGUACAGUUUCCUAAAGGGAUCAGAACUAUUGAUUGAGUGACUGAUUUAGUGUAGGUGUCUCAAAUUUCUGCAUUUUUUUUUCAUGUUAAAGGUUGGAGAGAUACAGAAUAUUGGCUAAUUUUGAAAUAUUGAUUCAUUAUACAAGGAGAAAAUGUAACCCGAGCAAUGUUGUAAAAAUGCCUUGCAUUCUGUCUCGCAGUUCCAUUCCAUACCUGUUAUCCAGAAUGUUCCUUAUAA